CACUGCUGAAGUUUUCCCUUUAACUCAAAGUAAAUCAUGGUCGUGUAUCAUAAACAGUUUGAAAAUGCCGGCCAGUCGUCUGGACUCCAGAUCUGGAGGAUUGAGAACAUGGACUUGGUACCAGUCCCACCGAAAUUGUACGGAAACUUCUAUGUGGGAGAUGCUUACUUGGUGCUUCAUACCAUAGCGAAGAAUAAUAGCAAGUACUAUGAUCUGCACUACUGGCUGGGAAAGGAGUGCUCUCAAGAUGAAAGUACUUCAGCGGCCAUAUUUACUGUGCAGUUGGAUGAAUACUUGGGAGGAAAACCUGUGCAAUACAGAGAGAUUCAAGGACACGAGUCAAGUGAAUUUGUUGGCUACUUUAAAGGUGGAAUAAAGUACAAGGCUGGUGGAGUUGCAUCUGGAUUCCAGCAUGUUGUUACUAAUGAACUUGGUGCACAACGACUUCUGCAUAUUAAGGGAAGGAGAGUGGUGAGAGCUACAGAGGUGCCGCUUAACUGGUCCAACUUCAACAGUGGCGACUGCUUUAUUAUCGACCAUGGAGCUGUAAUUUAUCAGUGGUGUGGAUCCGGAUGCAACAAAUUUGAACGCCUCAAAGCUGCCCAAGUUGCUAAUGGAAUUCGUGACAACGAGAAAAAUGGAAGGGCUCAAGUCAUUGUAGUAGACGAAGGGACUGAACCAGAUGAACUCAUCAAGAUUUUGGGAGCCAAACCCCAGCUGCCUGCAGGAGAUGAUGCUGAUGAAGUGGCAGAUGAUACCAAUCGAAGGAAUGCUAAGCUGUACAUGGUGUCGGAUGCCAGUGGGUCUAUGAAGGUGUCAGUAAUUGCAGAGGAAAGUCCCUUCUCUAAAGACAUGCUUCUGUCUGAGGAAUGCUUUAUUCUGGACCAUUCCGGAGACAAAAAGAUCUUUGUCUGGAAAGGGAAGAAUGCAACUGCUGAAGAGAGAAAGGCUGCGAUGAAGACCGCUGAGCAGUUUAUCCAGCAGAUGAAUUAUUCUGCCACUACCCAGAUCCAAGUUUUACCAGAAGGAGGGGAGACACCAAUCUUCAAACAGUUUUUCAAAGACUGGAAAGAGAGGCACCAAAGCGAAGGAUUUGGGAAAGUGUAUGUGACGGAAAGGGUCGCGAAUAUCAAACAGAUUGAAUUUGACGCUUCCAAGCUGCAUGAAUUUCCAGAGAUGGCGGCUCAGCACAACAUGGUGGAUGAUGGCUCAGGAAAAGUAGAGAUCAGCCGUGUUGAAAGUUGCGGGCGGGUUCCAAUAGAACCAAACACGUUCGGCCAGUUCUACGGUGGAGACUGCUACAUUAUUCUCUAUACAUACCCAAAAGGGCAGAUCAUCUACACAUGGCAAGGAGCCAAGGCAACGCGGGAUGAGCUAACGGCAUCUGCUUUCCUCACCGUGCAGCUGGAUCGCUCUCUUGGAGAUCAAGCUGUCCAGGUGCGAGUUACACAAGGGAAGGAGCCGCCUCAUUUACUGAGCUUGUUCAAAGGCAAACCGCUAAUUAUAUACAAAGAUGGCACUUCAAGAAAGGGAGGUCAGGCACCACCUAGUGCUGUACGACUUUUCCAAAGCCGCAAAAACUUGUCAACUAUUACUCGGAUCGCAGAGGUGGAUGCAGAUGCUUCUUCCCUGAACUCAAAUGAUGUCUUUGUUUUGAAACUAAAAAAUAAUUCUGGCUACAAAUGGAUAGGAAAAGGAGCGAGUGGUGAAGAGGAAAAAGCAGCUGAAUACAUAGCAAAUGUUCUCAAGUGCAAAGUUUCUAAAAUAGCAGAAGGGCAGGAGCCAGAUGAAUUUUGGAAUGCUUUGAAGGGGAAAAAAACAUACCAGACCUCCGCACUAUUGGAAUCCCAGUCUAUUAUUCACCCUCCAAAGCUGUUCGGCUGUUCAAACAAGACAGGAAGGUUUUUGAUUGAAGAGGUCCCGGGAGAAUUUACUCAGGAUGAUUUAGCAGAAGAUGAUGUUAUGUUGCUUGAUGCACACGACCAGGUGUUUCUGUGGAUUGGAAAAGAUGCCAAUGAAUUAGAGAAAAAGGAGGCCUUGAAAUCAGCUAAACAGUAUAUUGAAACGGACCCUUCUGGAAGGGAUAAAGGUAUUCCGAUUGUUUCCGUGAAACAAGGACACGAGCCGCCAACCUUCACUGGCUGGUUCAUGGCCUGGGACAACAAUAAAUGGCAGAGCUGAGAAAAGCUUCAGGACCUAUAAAACAUGAAGAAACUGGCAUUCUUCAUACAUCUCUUGCAUUUUGUGUGUGUGUGUUUUACUAUUAUUGUGGGGCAUGGGACAACAAUACAGAUGCAGUGCUCACACCAAUGAAGUGCUUAGGCUAUUUUAUAUACUGUAUAUGUAUGUGUAUUUUAUGCGGAAAUUAUAGUCUCAAAAUGAAAAAUACUAGAAGCUUAUUUACUAUAUUGUAUUAAAUGCAGUGCACCAGGUACCCAUUGUAAUGGACCAAACAGAAAAUGUAUUAUUGCCUUUAAAGUCAAGCUUUAUACUAAAGGCAACAACGCUCAGCUGCAAUAUAACGGAUCCUCUUCCUCAUGCAAUUGACAAAGUAACAAGGAAUUCAUAUUUUAUGUCCCAUUUAUUUUUUCCAUGUACUUACUAAUGAUUUUCCCUUGGGAAAGUGAAUAUUCCCCUUGUUACCCUGUUCCUAGAUAAUUCCCAUGGCAUCCCCUGUCAAAAAUGAUGAUCAUUUUAAAGUUACAGUAUAUGAUGCCUUAAAAAAACACCUUAAAGCACAUAUGACAUUGCUUAAAUGGGAAGCCUCUAUGAAUGGCAAUAAAAUAAGUAGGCACUUUCUAAAUCUCACCAAUAUGGUAGUUUGUCACCAAAAGGAAGCCAAUGUAUUUACCAGAAUAAGCAAAUUAUUCUCAAACCCAUGGGUUUUAACGGGAUUUAUGACUUUGGGAACUUCAUUAUAUCCGGCAAAUCGGUUCUAAAGUCUUUGAAAAACAAAACCUGUUUAAUCAUGUUGUGAUAUUGGAGUUUAAGCCUGAUCCUAUGACUAGGGCAGCGCCAGACAAAAAAAUUACAGCCCUGUAGCUACAUUUAUAAUCAUCCCCCAUUAGAAUUUGUGUUUUACGUUUGUGUUUUACGAUAAGAACAAUGCAAUAAGUGGAAUAAGCCAUUUGGAGAUUACAUUUCUCUUGUAAAACAAAACGAAAUUUAAAACAAAGAAAGUUUUCUAAAAUGUUUUGUCUGUAUGUAUUAUGCUUAAAUUUGCCGAUACCUAUCUGAGUUAAUCUUUUAUCAACAAUAACUGUCUUUUCUCAAUUGCCACAUUUGCGUUAUUGCCAUUGCUUUGCUAUGUUUUGAUACAUACGGUAAUUGUUGCCCACAGCAGUUUUAUUUUGUUUUUUUAAAUACUUGUUUCUUAUAUUUUGUUCUGGAAAGACUGUGCUUAAGCAUUUUCUUAGAGUAUAUGACAUUUCAUGUAUUUGUUUUACUCAUUAAAGUUGGCAGCUUCUAAAA